CAGCCGUUGGUGCUUGAGCGCAUUAACGAAGAGCUUGGAUCGAUCAAGUCACGCAUGCCAUUGCAUUUAGAAAACUCAUGGAAAAUUCACGGGAUCUUUAUUGAAGAGUUCGAAGAGUGGGAACAACAGUUUUGGGUGGACGAGAUGAUCAUGUCCUUAAUUUUCAUGUGAUAUUGAUUCCCAAAGUCCUCUCGAUUUGUAAAAAGCGCAUGCGUUAUUAUGGUGGUGCAAGCUUCAGCAGCCAUGCGGGCCAAUUCUUAGAUUCGUAUAUUAGGUUAGUGAAGUGAAAACGUGUCAAAGAAUAAUGCUUCCAUGGAUCGUUUGAUAAAAUUCACCUGGAGGACGAAAAGGAAAAAAAAUGACGAUGAGUACUAGACUAACGAUGACUGCAUUUAUUUUUGUCGUGUUGUCAACCUUGACACAUCUCUCUACAGCAGGACAAUUGUUAUCAACUGAACAUCGUACACAUGCGGCAACAGAACGUGCCAACGACUUGUGGUGUUAUGAAUGUGAUACCAUAGCACAUGGAGAAUAUUGCGUCAAUAUUACUGGCAAUCAUACAUGGCUUAUCAAAAAAUGCAAGGAUGACAGAAGAAUUUGCAUGGUAAAAAGAUACUCAUUUACAACAAGCACAGAGAAUUCAACAUCUGAACCAAUGAUGUGGGCGUUAGAACGAAAUUGUACAAAUAAGUGUGAACCUGGAUGUAUUAUUAUUGGCGAACGCACCAAGAUUCAUGCGUGUACAGCAUGUUGUGAAAAAUCUUUUUGCAAUACGGGGAAAGGUACAGCUGCUGAUCUAACCACUCGUGAGAUUGGUUUUUAUCUAGCACUUGUGUUACAAGUACUAUUGACUGUAACUCUUUAUCCAGCGUGACAUGAUUAAUAAAUUAAUAUAAGAGACUUAUAUUUUCUCUUUGUUUUUCUCAUGAACGAUUAUAGAAUAAAGUUUAAUCAAUGGUUGGAAAAA